AUGAGCCUCCAGCCAAAAAGAGAAGAACAGGUAUUGGACGUUACAGAAGCCAUGGAGAGAGAGGUCGUUGCCGCAUUAGGCAAAGGUGAGCCAGAGGAGAUCAUGAGCAGUGCCUUCAACCUAAAGGUGACUCGUGAGGACGUCCACACCCUAAGGAACGGUAGCUGGCUAAACGAUGAGGUCAUUAAUUUCUACAUGGGUCUUGUGAUGGAGAGAAGUAAGAAGGCAGGAUAUCCAUCAGUCCACGCUUUUAGUUCCUUGUUUUAUGAAAAACUAGCUUCUGGGGGCUACAGGACAGUAAGAAGAUUGACCCGACGCGUGGAUGUCUUCCAGAAGGACAUCAUCUUCGUGCCCAUUAACUUGAGCUUGCACUGGGCACUAGCGGUCAUAGACACCAGAAAGAAGACCAUCAAAUACUUUGACUCCCUGGGGCAAGAAGGAGGGGACAAGAUUUGUGAGACUUUGCUCAAAUACCUGCAAGAGGAGAGCCGUGAAAAAAGACACGUGAAGCUGAAUGUUUCAGAGUGGACUGUUCACAGCAUGGAGCCACACGAAAUCCCUCAGCAAUCAAACGGAAGCGACUGCGGCGUUUUCACCUGCAAAUACGCAGAUUACAUCUCGAGAGAGAAACCGCUGACCUUUACACAGAUCCACAUGCCUUAUUUCCGCGAGAGGAUGGUCUGGGAAAUACUCCAUCAAGAGCUGCUGUGAGGCAUGCGCUACCAGAGUAACACUGUCAUCACCUUUGGGUGACUACCUCUUCUUUUAGUUACUUUUCUACUACCUCAUUUGAAAUAGCAGCAGGCACACAAGUUUUUCUCUUUAGGUUAAGUAGUAGUGGUUAAGAUUGUUAUUUCCCCCCCUGCCUGCCCCUAUUUUGGAGACAGUAACUCUCCUUGAA